AAAAUCAGAUGUUUUUAUCAUUGAACAUUUAUAAUUUUUAUUGAACUAAAUAUGCCAACAAUGCAUGAAAUUUUGAUAAGCUUUAUGUAAAUUUAUUUGCAUUUAAAAUAAACUGCAAAUUUGUUAGCAGAAACAUGUGCUGUCGAUUGAAAUAAAUCCGGAGAUGUUUAAAUUGGAGUCUUAUAUAACCCCAAUUCUACUAAGUUAUGUAGACCGAUACAUAAACAACUUCAGACCUGAAGAUUUUCAGGUUUCACUGUGGGGUGGAGAUGCGUGUUUUCUUAAUUUAGAACUAAAUCUACAAGUUCUAGAACAAGAGUUGCAGUUGCCCUUUAGUUUUGUUUCGGGUAGUAUCAGGGAACUUUUGAUACAUGUACCAUGGACAAAGCUAGCAUCAGAACCCAUCGUCGUUACAAUAAAUACAAUAGAAUGUAUAUUAAAUUUAAAAGGAAAAGAUUCUACCAGGAAUGAUGUAAUCGUUCCAAAGAAAGCAUUUCACGGCAAAGAAGUGGAGGCACCACCAGGUUAUGUACAGUUACUAAUAAAUAAAAUAGUGAACAAUAUAAGGAUUUAUUGUAAUAAUGUGAUAUUAAAAUAUGUAGAGGAAGAUAUAGUCCUAUCGAUGAAUGUUAAACAUUUAAAAUUUGAGUCCGCUAAUGAAAAAUGGGAACCUGCAUAUAUAGAUCUUUCCCCAGCGCAAGUCAUAUUACGAAAGGUGAUAACAGUGAACGACUUGACAUUGUGUCUUGACAAACGAAAUGCCUCUGGUAAAAUAGAAGUCUACCAAGAACCCAUGCUCUAUCGAUGUUCUAUGACCAUGCAUUUAUUAAGAAACUACCACUCUGCCACCGCCAGUAAAGCCUCGACUACCAGAUUAGACAUUUUGUGCAACAAUAUGGAGUUCAGUAUGACCGAACAGCAGAUACCUAUGCUUUUCCGUUUACUGAUGCUCUUAUAUGCCCUUCAACAGAAACACCUGAAACCAGAAAAGGGCACGACAAGUGAUAAUGCCAAUACACCGUCAGAUGUGAGAGAAGCCAUGGAAAAUCCAGAAUCUUGGACUGGUUGGGCAUGGUCUUAUGUUUCUUCUGUUUUGCCGGCCCCUUGGGACGAAGAGUGGAAUAACGAAGAAUUCCAAGGCCAGUCAGGUCACACUUUGCAUUUCGGAUUCUAUCUCGAUAAUCUAUCGAUCACUUUUAAAGUUUCGGAAAUGAACUCGGAACGUGGUGGUUAUUACGGUCAUAAAAAAAUACGAUAUAAUCCAAUGCUGACUUUGGAGCUUCAAGGAAUCUAUUGUGAGACCGUUAUACACGGUAUGAAGUGGUUGAAUGCUACAGGAGGUGUUAGUCAAGCUCUGUUACUCCCCAUUGGUCAGUGUAGUUGUUCUUUCUUGGAAGCAAAUGAGGAUUCUCCUGUUCCAUAUUUAAAACUAGGUUCUGUAUCGAAUUCCCAUAAGACUGAUUCUCUUUUUGAUGCUGAGGCCGUAGAAAAUAAGGGACAGAAGAGGCAGUAUAAUACUUCUUGGGAUUACCACAUGACGACAAACACCGAGUCUGUCUUACUUGAGAGAACGCCUGCGUUUUCCUUUGACUAUGUGUAUCAAAUGGAAAUUCCAAGUGACAUGUCCAGUGAGAUUCUAAGUGAACUAGGCAGCGAUCAUGAAUAUAGCAAUCUUUCCGAAACUGCCUGUAUGCGAAUCUGUUUCGGACCAUUCACAUUACGCCUCUGCUCAGGACUUUUUCAUAGAAUUAGCACAUUGCAAGUGGCGGCCUCUUACUACGAUUAUCAAUCUUACUUCACAGUGAAACCAGAUUCAUCUUUACAAGAGCUACUUCCUCCUUCGGAAGAAGACUUUGACGCUUUAAACGAAUUCAUACCCAGCAGGAGCACGAGAAUCACUUUUUUCGCACCUACUAUCGAACUGGAAUUGAUGGACCACCCUUACUUUCAGCCGACUAAGGGACAGCUGUUUCGCAAAAGGAAGAAAAUGACUACACCCUCUCCAUUCGCACAAUCAUCCUUAGACUUGCCGAAAUUAACCAUCGAAUGCCAGUUUCUGGAUAUAACCAUAGAUAAUCCCAUGUACGUUAACCGUGUCGUUCACACAACAUGUCAACUGCCAGAUCCUCCACAAAAAAUGUUCGACGCUUGCUUUUCUUGGCUGAAUGUUAAAGUUGUCAGUCUCUGCAGUCGUCUGAUACUCGGUCCAGAACGACAUACAACUAUUUUGACUCCGUCGAACCUCUCUUAUUCUUGCAAGACAAUCCUUAAACCGCUGUACUGGACGAAUCCCGAUAUUCCCCAUAUAGAAAUGAUAUUUGAAUCGGAAAGUAUCACUUUGAACGGGACAAAUGCUAAAAUGAUGGUGAUUGCUUAUAUAAUUGGAAAGAUGAUUAAAAUGGAUUCGGAAGGGUGUUGGAAGAUGAUGAAUAACACUUCGUUGCUACUGGAUGCUACCAAAGAUAGUGGCCUUCCCUAUAUGGAGCUGUGUAUAGAAGGAAUAAAAUUCAAAAAAGUGGUAACAAAUGCAACAAUUUCAAUCGACGUGAGUCUGGGAUCCGUAAAGGCGUUCAUUUUUGAACCGGUAGAUAUAAAACUCACUUCAAACAAGGAUAAUGUACAGAAUCAUGGAAACAAGAGGGACUUUAGUAGUAAUUUUGUUACUAGAGAUAUUCAGCAAGUUCUGUUCAUUUCUGGACCAGAACCUAAACCUGCUGAAAAACGAAAUGAAAAAAAUGCUGGGCUUAAUGAAAAUUUACCACUCUUCACUGCCACUUUGCAGUACCCUCUAUCCCCAGAUUUACAAAAACAUCCACCCAUAGUGUUAUUUAACUUACAAGAAAUUCGAAUAUGCAUUGAUCCUCUUCUCUGUCGUUGGUUGCUAUAUAAACCGAAACAAAUAAGUUCUCUCAGUGACACUCUAGAUGCAACAAUGCACAAGACGAAAAGCAUUUCCGAAGCUAGCGGUAGCAUUGCGGAAACUCCAAGACGUAUGAGUAGCCAGAUAGAAUCCGUACACAGUAGCUCUGACAGGGAACCAAUCCAAUUGCCCCGAAAAAUUGAACUCCCGAAUAAAGAAGAUAGUGUAGAUAUGCAAGAAAGGAUUUACAACAUUUUGAAAACCUGGUUCGACGUUUGGAAAGGAAUGCUCCUCUACGGUGACAUUUCUCAGUGCACGAUUUAUUUUCCUUUGAAGUCCCUGUCUGCGGUCGGAUCACAAGGUAUUCAAGAAGCAGUGGAAGAAGCGGUGAACAAGGAUCACCCUCCCGACAUAAUGGUCAUAACGUUACCGUUUGCAAAUGUACGCAGCGCGCAAAGGCAAAACAUUUCAAAAUACCUCAAAUUGCUACCAGUAACGCUACCAGAAAGUAUAUGGUCACCGGAAAAAUCUAGCUUUCCCUGGACAAUGUCAAUAUCUGAGCUCAGUUGUUACACUAUCCAGUACGGAAAUAAAUUGAUUUUUUUAAAACCCGUUUCUCUGAGUGCUACCGUUGGCUUGUCAACGCGUCCUACUAAAGUUGAUGAGAAAGAAAGUGCAGAAGCCCCAAUCGGCAGUCCGAGUACUAGUAUGAAAACGGAUAUAGGAUACCUAGGGAUUUGUGUGCACAUAGACAUGACACCCAUCGUAAUAUCAACUUCCGAAAUUCAGGUGUACCUCUUUGCAAGUAUUUUAUAUGGUCUCAUGGAAGUGGCUACUAAUUUACUGCCAGAAAAACCAAAACCGGUACCUAAAACUCCCGAUGUAAUUCCACCUAUUAUAACCAAAGGCAGUUCGACUUUAUCACCUACGAUAUUAAGGGAAAAUACAAUGGAUUCGGAAAGCGAAAAAACACCACCAAUAAAUAACGUCACGCAGGAGAACAUCGACAAUGAAAGUGUAAAGCUAACUGCUUGGAUACAGUGGACUAUAACUCGAUUCACAAUUGAGCUACUAUCAAGCGAAUAUUUGAAGUCUGAGGUUGAACUAGAGUCCUUGCAGCCUAGAUUGAAAUUAGUCAUGGACGCUGAAGACAUCGUUAGUUCGCUGGAUUUUCAAAGCGUUUAUUUAAAGAUUAAGAGCAAAAUUGGAUCCAUGUCCAUACUACAUUUUAAGAGAACGACUCCCAAUUCCAAGUGGAAACCCGGACCUUUCGCAGGCAUCGUCAUGAGACUACGGGAAGACAUCACAACAGGCCAACGGCAUGAGGAUAACGGUUUCAUAAGUUUGACUAUAACGAGAGCCAGCUGUCGACAUACCCACACAUUAUGGGGCGCUGUGCAGAAAAGGAACAAGGAUAAGAAAAGUGUUACCGUUAACCAGCAACUUUUAUCUCAGUCUCGAUAUAUAACGGAAAUUGUCAUAAAUGUUCAGCCAAUAGAUUUCGUCAUAUCGCUUCACACUUUAAGAAGUUUUUAUCUAGUACUGGUACCUCUACUUCAGAUACCUUUAGAUGAAGAUAAUGCUCCAAAAAAUGUCACUUCUAAUACUGUCACUAGUUUAAACAAUCAAGCUUUGCCGUUGGCAUAUUUGGAUUGCCAGGAUAUUCGAAUAGUUAUGCCGUCUGUUGAGUUAGGAGGAAGUGGCGCAUUGCACGAUGUCAUUAUAUUUCAGGUACAGAAGAUUUGUUUGAGUCCCACAGCGGUAAAUCCAAUUUGUAGGACUCCUCUAAGGCCUGACAUUUACGAGCAAGCAGCUCACGCCAGAAUUUUACAUAUUCCAGGAAGUGAGGUAGAAGACAGACAGUACCAGCUAGACUUAAAUGGGAUGAUAAUCUGUACGGGCAUUUGGAAAGAUUUAGAUUUGGUGUUCACACCCUCUAGAGGUUUGUCUAAUCUUCGUGGCUUGAGUGAAAAUCCUGCUUUGGAAUGGAACAAUCUAGAACAAGGCCAACCAAAUAUGGCGCCAACUUUGAAUUUGUGGCAUGUUACUGAGAAAUUUGACAUUUCCAUUAUCGCAGCUCCUGCUAUGGUCUACAAAGACACAACGAUAAUAUGCGGACAUUCUCUCGAGGUUAAUUUUGUAACAGAUAUCUUUGUAAAUUUAUCCUUGCAGCAAAUUAAACUGUUAUCUGCUCUGUUGAGUGAAUUUGUGUUAUUAGUAGAGCCAAUGAUUGCAGACGAAGGCUUAAUGAAGAGGCCAAAACUUCAAUUUCCGUACUCCCUCGAUGCUAUUCAAUAUAAAAUAGAGGAGGAAAUAGAAACUUCAGUAAACAUUGAUAUCUUGCGUGAUUCGGGUAUAGACAUGUCUGAUAUGAAAAGUGUGUUUUCGUCGAAAGUUCAAGGCACCGUCACAACAGUUAAAACCAUUAUAGAAAGUGAGAAACAACCUGUCUUUCCGAGACCACCUAAUCCUUUACCUCAAGCUUAUUCUGCGGUGCCGAUAGAGGCCCUGUUCACUGCUGGCAAGAUUGCUUUAGCUCUUUAUGAGACUGAUAUGACCAGGACGGUUUCCUCUAGACAUAAAGGAAAGAAGAAAAAACCUAAAAUAAAGAUAGAUGAAGAUUUAGGUUAUGAAGCAGAGGAAGAGAGUGUCGACGAUAAAUCUGAAAAAACAUAUAUUCCGUUAGUUUACGUAUAUAUUAACCAACCAAAUGCUUUUUUGUCGAAACAGCAAAUAGGAAGAAGAAUGCAAAUUUCUUGUUUUGACCUGAACCUAAAAUUGAACGGUCCAGAAUAUAUGCCCAUCGGGCACGUCCCUACCGAAGACGAUUUCUCCAUAAGCCUUCUAGAAACAAGGUCAGGAAUUCCACAUCCUAACACUGGCAUAUUACCUGCAUUUUUCACGAUGAAAUAUUCCAAGGGAAUAGGCAAAAAUGCUACUUUAGAUAUGGACAUAUCCAAACCAACGAAGAUUUUAUGCUCUACCUCUAAAUGGAAUUAUCUGUUAACAGUAAAAGAUAAAGUGCUGGACACUUUUAGAGGCAACCAAAGAAACCUUGUGGUUAUUUCAAAAAAUAUCACCAAAGCUGCAACUCCAGUUGAAAUUCCAUCAUAUACAAGAACAAAAAUUGGAGAUACAUACAGCAAAUUUCAAGAAAUCAAAGAUUUAUUGUGCGGUACGAACUCUGUCAAUGUUAGAUUUAACCAGAUGAUAUUCUCAAUUAGAUCAGACACAGGACACGAAGUCAAUCUGGGAAUAGAAAAACUCAAAAGUCAUCUAACGUUGUCAAGUCGUCCAGAAAAAUUAACCAGCACUCUAAAAUUGGAAUCUAUAACAUUGUCGGUAAUAAACGAUGAGUUUAAAAAAGUCCUUUUAAACCCUUGGACGUUAUCGUUUGAAUUCUGCCUGUUUUGGGAAUCUUGGCAGAGCCUCGACAGCAAUCCUCAGAUUCAAGUCACAGCUGAAAGCGAUUGUAUCGUGUUGGAUGUCAGUCCGGAACAAAUCAAGUGUGUCGAGAUCGUCGUGAAAGACAUCACCGAGUUUGUUUCCAAUCUACCUUUAAAAGAAAAAACUGAUGAGGAUUUAACGUUUGAAAUCCUAAGACCGAAACCUUUGGAAAAGGAUCAGCACUAUAAAGACGAUUUGAGAGCAGGCGCCUUUCAAUUCAUCGACUCUAAUUCUGACAAUGCAGACGAACUGCCUCUUCCUUAUCAGGUCAUGUUCUGGAACAGGGGUCUGUCUGCUAUGGCCUGGCGCUACCCUCAACCAAGGGCUUUGACUAAAGUAAGGGUGUUUCCGGUGCCGUACAAGAUGACACUCGGCUUUCAAGAGGAUUUGUUGGUUCUGUGCCACUUGGAGUAUUGGUCCGAGUGCAGGAAUUGUUACUUGCCAUUCACCCAGUUUUACCUAUCGGAAAGCGAAGUGUGCCACUUAACUCUACCAGAAAACUCGCCUCAGCCUGUCGUUGCGUCAACUUGGCGAGUUGUGAUAACCAUGGUUGCCGAUAAGGAGGAUAUGCCAGACAGCACCUUGAUAUCUCCCAGAGCUUUGGCUGCUUGCAUGAGGAUUGAUUCGUAUUUCAACAAAACUCUCAUCCCAAAUAUCACGGCGGCCUUAUAUGUGACUAAAAUAGACGUUUCGUUGUACAGCCACUUUAAUAAACACUCGAAAUGGAAACUUCCUAACUAUCUAAAAAAUUAUACCUCCGAUCUCCAGUUUCCCGAGUCUCAAAAGUUCCUGACUUUAACUUGGGACAAUUUAACUGCGUAUUUCUCCAGUUGGGAAUUUGAAGUCAUCUCCAUGGAGCUAAACACUGUUACGAAAUGUUCUGUAUUGGAUUACUCAUUCCUAACCGAACAACCCUUGAUAGAACCGUUCAUGUCCAAGUUAGAGAUCAACUUAGCAAACAACUUACACUGCAAAUUUAUUUCAAGGCCAAUAGUUGUGAAAUUUGAUCCAAGUAUAGCGCACACUUUGGCGGUGAGCAGCCAGCAGUGGGAACAAACCUACAAAACUAACGAAAUGGGAGAACAAGAUUUCAUAAUAAUGACACGAUAUAUUAUUUGUAACAAUACAAAUAUAAACAUCCGUUUUGGACAAACCGGAACGGACGAAGACAUCCUCUUACCACCGAACCACUUCAAUAUGUAUACUUGGAGGUCUCAGAGGAGGAAGCUGAUGCUCAAGGUGGCUUUGGAAGAAAACAAUUGGAUUUGGUCAAAGUCAUUUGUUAUUUUCGAGGACGGCAUGCAAACCAUCAAGUUUAACUCUGAAAAGAAUCUCGUUAUGUUGGUUUCCAUCAAAUCGCUUUCUGCCACUCAGAAACAGGUCACUAUAUCCGGGCAACUUACCGUCACCAAUAUGUUGGUGGAGCAUUUCGAAUUGAAGGUUAUGGAAGCUGUCAAUGGUAACAGAGAAGCAGAGUUUAAAAAUAGUCCAACGUACAUCAUUCCUGGGAAGUCUUCCACGCUUUCAAUUUUCACUAACAACAAGAAAACUUAUAUCAUGAGGUUAAGGUUUUAUGGUUUGGAAUCGGCUUGGACUGGCGAUAUACCGUUGCGGGAACAUGCAACAGGGUCCCAACCGUGGCUGGUCAAAGUUCCUCUUCAAGAGAGGGGCCAAUUUCUCAGCAUAUGGUGCCGCAUAGUGAUCCAGGAAAUUCAGAGGGUGAAACGGACACUUGCCGUGCUCUGGCCACUGUUCACAGUAAAAUCAAAUCUUCCGAUGAAUGCUCAGGUGCACAUCGAAACUCCUACUCUUAACGUAAGACUCGAUGCCAUAGUGAAAGGCAAAGGAGAGCUACAGCAGCUCUAUUGUCCUGGUACUAUUGACCAUUCCCACCAGUUAACUUUUAAACUAGACAAAUCGAAUUCCUUGGCAAAUCCCUAUGUUCCGCUCAAUUACAGCCUCGUAAACCAUCAGAAAUUCUUUAAGAAAUCAGAAAAGCAAGACAUAGAUGAGAUAUUGAGUGUUCUGAGUAAAUUUAGUGAAUCAAAGUGGCCAUAUUUUGGGGACGAGUUGGAUAAUAUCGAUUGGGUUGUUGAAGAUCAACCGUUGACUCAUGUUCAAGUUCGUUACCAAAACGCAUGCUUACACUCAUGUUCUUUACUGGUGGAAUUAAUUCCGUGGUGCCUCAUGGUUAAUACUUUAGGUACUCCGAUUGCUAUAAUGUUUAGCAGUACCGAGUUGUGUCGUUUACAGCAUCAUGGCAUUGUAGCACCUCCAAAACUAGAGGAAAACUUCAAUCUCGCCGUAUACAUCGGUGGUUCCUGGUACUUUUCUGGGCCACUACAAUUGGCCAAAUCCGAUUGGAGUCAGACUUUUUAUAUGCCAAAGUUCACAGGAACUAUACCAUUGGAAGGGUCUAUAAAAACGACCAUAAAAGGUGACACUCACAUCUGUACAGUGGCUUUGAGCAGUUCCGUCGCUAAUGAAAUAAGAUUGUUGAGGGUGUCGUCCACCCAUGUGGUUUCCAAUCACAUGACCAUGCAGAUGCAGGUUAUUUGCUUUGCAGUGCCCGAAGGUGAUAAAUUGUAUGAAAUCCCGAGAAAUAUCGAGCAAUAUAGUUUCACGGUUGCCCCACACCUUCACAAAAGUAAUUCUGGUGUACCAAUAAUCCAAUGGCAGAUCAUUAAAAACGGUAUCGAUUGUGACUGCAACACUGAAUACACACUUUAUAUGGUGUUCUGCGUGAAACCUGAACUGGGCUGGUCCUGUCCCAUAAGAGUUGACAAGCCUCUCCUGAGAAAAUCUUUCUGCGUUGCAAGCGAAGAGCAUCCCGUUCCUCUCGUUUUGACCUCCCAGGAGCAUAGAGGACAAAUAUUCUUAGCUAUACACAACGAUAAUAGGCCACAGAUGCUCAUAGAAAAUAAAACUCCUGCAACAUUAUUCUGCGCCCAGUCUCUAGGAGACAGUAAAGUGGCCAUGGAGGUGCAACAUUUUAAGUGGCAGUGCCACGUGCCUGGUUUCGGAAGCGUAUAUUAUACCAUGCCCUUCUUGUCAGAAAAGUUCCCUGAGUUGCCGCAGAAUAACUUCUCGGAUAAGCUUGCACUAGCGUGUGAUCCCGAAAGUGACGAAAUCGAUUUUCAGUGGUCGACCAGUAUUAGUAUAAUAAACGACAAUGAGCAAUUUGUUAGAAUUCCUUACUAUGGAGAUAUUAGACUGACGAUAGUAAAUAGUGCCUGUACGACAUUCUUAAUAAUCGAUUCUGUGAGCCAAGUUGAGAUAAGCGCCAGAGAUAUCAGAGUGCGACUAACCUUGCAUGAAAAUGAGAUAUCUUCGAAAAUGAAAACAGAAACAAAAGGUGCCUCUAACGAGUUGCAUAAUUUAGGCGACUUGUCCCAUUCUUUAUCCGAUACCUCCCUAGCAGGAAGUAGUAGAUCUCCCUUCCAAAAACUUCCCACUGUGACCGAACAGCUAUACGUCAAUUCCUUAGCCCUGCCUUCUAGAGCGGUAAGGAGGUGGUCGGAAACUAACAUGACUUCUACGAUGUCAUCGGUGCCCCAAACACUGCUCGUGAAUACGUUGCCGAUGAAAGAUAAGUGGAGAUCUAUUAAAAUUGAAACUUAUGUGAAAUCUUUCGCUGUUAUCUUGAUGUCCGAUAUGGAAAAAGAAGGGACGGAAAAGUGGGAAUUGGCAAAUAUGGUCUGUGAUGACUUUGUGCUUUCAGCCACACAAGCAGAGAAUAUGAAGGUGAAAAUAUCUAUGUCUGAUAUACAGUUCGACAAUCAGCUGUAUUCCAAAGAAUCUUUUGAUUUCCCUGUGGUGUUAAUUGGUCAGGAUAACAAACCAAAGAAAAAGCUUUCUUCUCUCAAUAUUCCCAUGGAAAAUCUUAUGGAAAACGCUGACGAUGCACUAUUUAUUGUUGAUAUUGUACUAGAAACGUGGAGGGACCGGUCCAGAGCUAAGGACAUCACAGGAAUUAAAGAUAUUAAAAUAACUAUGAACCCGUUAUCAUGCUACGUCGAAGAUAUUUACAUAACCAAGCUAGUGAACUACUUAACAAUUUUCGUACCAACUAACUUGGUAACAUGGCCAGAACGUAAAACUCACAGAUUUAACACAAGUUCGGGUCUAGUAUGCGUUCCUGAACUAAUUUCAUUUCAAUGUGCAAUACUAGCAAGGCCAUUAACGAUACGCAAUUUUUCGAUAGCUCCAGUAUCACUAUUGUUGUCCGUCCACAGUUCCAUAAAGGUUUACAUAGCGUUAGACCAAUCUCCCUUACAAUUUGGCAAAUUCGAGAGGAGACGACUAUUCACAACACCUUACAGGUUAGGUCAUGCUUUGACGAUGCACUACCUUUCUGGGGCUAUCUUUGGAGCAGGCUGGGUGGUGAGCUCUCUGGAACUCCUUGGCAGCCCCGGAGGACUAGCUAGAGCGAUGGGAACAGGUUUACGAGACUUCGUAAGCCUUCCUUACAGAGGCCUUCUAAUAGGCCCUAUGGCGUUUUUAAGAGGUAUCACUCAAGGAUCUGCAUCUUUGAUGAAGCACGUCACUGCGGGAACUUUACAGUCAGUGACAAAGCUUGCAUCGAGUGUUGCCAGGAACUUAGACAGGCUCACUUUGGACGAGGAGCACUUGAAAAGGACGGAAGAGCAGAGGAAGCAGAGACCGCAAGGGCUAGCCCAAGGAUUCUUACAGGGUCUGACGGGUUUAGGUAUCAGUUUAUUAGGUGCUGUUGGUGGUAUUGCUCACCAUCCUCUUCAAUCGGUGAUGACUGAAGGAGCUUCUCCUAGGUCUUUAGCUGCCGGAGUAGGUUUAGGACUAGUAGGAGUUGUUACCAAACCUUUAAGUGGCGCUGCAGAACUUGUGGCUCUGACUGGACAAGGUUUGCUACAAGGUGCCGGUUGGAAUUCUCUACCAAAACAAAGAUCCAACCCUUCUGUGUAUAAAAUUCAGUAUGGUGUGAACUCUGGUCUAAAAUUCACUUGGAAACUUAUAAAUUCUUUAGCUCAUUCUCAAAUGCUGCAUAUUACAGAAGCGACGAGCAUAACAAAUCAUUCUGAAUAUAACGCAUUAACUCUAAUACUAACCAUUGAUGCUCUAAUUAUAAUUAACACCGAUGAGGAUAACACACAAAGGAUUAUCAGCUUAUCAGAACUAACAGUGGUAGAAAAUAAGGAUCCAACUAUGUUAGAAUUUAAAUUAACUCCGCCAUUAGUAUACAUCAAAUCAGAAGACGAAACCACAAUUGAAAUGGACCCAGCUUCAAGAGCUAGAGUUGCCGAUUAUGUAAGGAGUACUGUUGGAAUAUUAAACUUGCCCGUUCUCCAGUCUGAUCACUCCGAUAUCAGCAUAUCUCCAUUAUCGUCUCCAGGUAUUAUGCCAGACGUCUCUCCUGAAUCGACAGUAUUAACUUUUUAUGUGAACCCCCAAAGCAGAAAUUACUUUUUGCGUUUGCUGACACUCGCGAAACAGCAUCGGCAUAACUAUAAUUUUCCGGUAUUAUGAAGUGAUAAAUUUUUAUAAGUAAAUUAUUUUGUAAAGUGUGAAGUGAAAGCAAUCAAACCGUAUUUUAUUAUAUUUUUCUUUUUUUAAAUAAAUAUACAUGAUACAUUGUUA